GUUUCCUCUGCCGCCGAUGACGAACUUGUCGUCGAUGCCGAUGCUGCUUCCAGUGCCUACUGGCACAGGCGCGUCGCCCAACACACAGUGGUAUACCCCUGCAUCGUGCAGUUUGUUGGCGCCGCCGACGGGGGCUAUGGCUUCGUCCUUGAGCACGUCGAACCCGUCCCUGAAUGUGCAUGGCUCGUCUAACGGCGUUUACGCAUCGUCUCCGAACACACUCGCCCCGCCACCUAACGUUUACGGUGCUCCUUCGCCUAACUCGUACGGCGGUGCUUCGUCAAACUCGCACGGUUCGCCCUCGCCGAACGUGUCUCUUCCAAGUACGACGUAUGUUUCGUCUUCUACUACCGCCCCUACGACAAGCGCGCCCUCUGCGCCUGCCCACUUGUGUCACGCGCCUUGGCUGGCACCUCAAUCCCUAGCAGCGACACCGACCCGUCUAGUCGUGCCUUCGGCCACGUACGCCUCGUCUUCCGCAACGCAUCGCUCGUUUACGGAGACCCGUCACGAGCCCGCGGCGUCGCAUCGUGGACCACCCCCAACUCCCUUCACCGCCUUCACCUCUCCCUACGCCAUCGCUAUGCCAGACCAGCCCGAGCCCGUCAUCCCCGAGCGGCCCUCGCUUGAGCCCCAGACGCCCUUCAGGUCGUUUUCCCCGACGUCUUCAAGUUCUCCGUCGCCGACACCCUUCGCGCGGACACCCUUCCCGAAAAUGGCCCCUCCGUUGCCCCCGUCUUCGGAGCCAGUAGAGGAGAGGGGUCACGACAACAACUCCGGCUGGGCAUCGAGCUGGGUGGACCCGCAUGCGGGGUGGGGGAAUGGCGAUGCGUAUGCUGAUUGGGAAGCUUGGGAUUUGGGGACUAGCUCGCACUCUGGCGAGAGGGAAGGGCUCACAACGGCCGGUGGUGUGACAGCGAAUGAUGCGCAAGGGUCGACCUCCCUGUACGAUGCUCUGUUCGGCUCGCCGGAGCGUGCACAUGAACCGACGAGCGGAGGACAUGCGACCACGGACAAGAAGGUCGCGUUCGCGAGGAUUUCGGAGAGCGAUUGGUAUCCUCAGUGAUUUGGGUGUGGUGAGGGUACAGUAUAGCAUCGAGUUCAUUGCAAGUCUGUAGAGUAUGUCGACAUAGUAAAGGUACGGUAUGUAUUUGUAAAGUCUGUUGGUAUCGGUGGACUUGCUUGUUGUUUUCAAGGGAUAUACCUGUAAUCUUAUAUGCCCUCCUGAUAUUGCUCACUGUUAUGCACUUCUUCACUUA